AUGGGGUGUUUCGGACAAGUCUGGAGAUUUAUCAAGGCUCCGUUUACACCAAAGGAAAGAGUGCUUGAAAUUGGUCCCCCAACCAAUUUUCGAAAAGAAGAGACACCGGCUUGCUUCUCGGAUGCGGAGUCAGUUAUAUCGCCCAAUAAAAACGCAGGCGACCGACCUAUUCUGACCAAGGAGCUACAGAGUGUUGAUGUAUCAGAGCCAUCAGGGAUCGAUCACGAUGAGGAACGGCACAACAAUCGAGAUGAAAGAUCUCCAACCACUGAUGGAGGAAAAGAUCCAAGCCCAGGUGCGGGCGAUGAGCGUGGAGGUGUCAAGUCCAGCCUCUUGUCGCGCAUGAAGUGGAGACGAUGGUUCAAGUCGACACCGGUCGACGAUCAGGAAGGCCUUGAGAUACGAGCCCUGGAUAGAAGUGCGGACACGACUGUCGACGGACAGCUUGACGCAACUUUGGAUAGAUCUGGUUGA